AUGGAAUUAAAAAAUGGUAGCUUAAGACAAUAUUUAGAUAACAAUUUCAUUUUACUGAUUUGGGAGUAUAAGUUGCUGAUUUUAGUAUAUAUUUCGCAUGGUCUUGAUUAUAUUCAUACAAAUGGAUUAAUUCAUCAAGAUUUUCAUUGUGGGAAUAUAUUAAGCAAUUUUAAUAGAGGUGUUGCUAUUACUGAAUUGGGAUUAUGCCAACCAGCAAAUGUUAAAUCCUCUCAAAAUACUCAAAAUAGUAAUAAAAAAAUAUAUGGUGUAUUACCUUAUGUAGCUCCAGAAGUUUUAAGAGGAAAAGAAUAUACUAAAAAAAGUAAUAUUUAUGGAAUUGGAAUAAUUGCAUAUGAAAUUUGUACAGGUUUCCCUCCUUAUUAUGAUAUAGCUCAUGAUGAUUUCUUGGCAAUGAAAAUUUGUAAUGGAUUGAGGCCAAAGUCUAAUUAUAAAAUUCCUCAAUUAAUUUUUGACAUUAUUAAUCAAUGUUGGGAUGCAGACCCCUCAAAACGACCUAGUUCAGAUGAAUUAGUCGAGUUAUUUGAUGAUUUAUGGUUAAAUAUAUUUGAAAAGAAUUGUAUUAUCAAAGAACAAAUCAAUGAUGCAGAUGAAAUUAAUAAAAAUUCGUUCUCAUCAUUUUCAACAGCUCAAUCACCAUUAUCUUCUACAAGUACACUCCAAUAUAUGACACAUCCUCAAGCAGUUUAUAUAAGUAGAAUUUUAGAUUUUAAAGAUCUUUCAGAACCAAAAAAUGCCAAUGGUAAUGAUGAUUUACUUGAAAUAGAACAUUCAGAAUCAAUAAAAGUUGAUUUUACCAAACUCAAUAUCAAUUCCGAAGAUUGCAAUUAAAUUCUCUGUUUAUAUAGUUAAUAGAAUAUUAAAAUAAUGUAAAAGCAAAUUUUUGUUUAUCAUCAAAUUUAACCUUAUACUGUAUCUUAUACUUGUUA